AUGACUUCAAGAGAAGCUCCUGCUCAAACUCAAUCCACAAAGAAAGAAAAAUCCACCAAGCAAACGAGCACGGAUCAUAUUCAACUCAACGGGAGAGCAUCAGAAUCCGAGAAAAAUACUCAACAACUUCACGAAAUGGAUGCUACAGAGAUGGAGCGAAUGAAACGACUCAAUCCGGACAUUUUGAGAGACCAAGAUCAAAAGUUUCAUCCAAAUUUCGCCGCGCAGAAUAUUCUGACUGGCGCGGGAAAACCGAUUUUGUCGCCACUUCAACAGAAGAGAAUUCUGAUUCACUUGAAUCAACUUCAGAAUAUCAAGCUGGAGAGAAACAGAUACCAGCAACUGUGCUUUGACAACGAAGCCUUCAUCGACACUGAGCCGACCGGCAAAUCUUCAACUUCAAAUUCCAACACCAACAGCCUCAAUCUUUGA